UAUCAUUCACCGCCUCCCCUUUUAAAAGUCUCUUUAACAUUCACUAUACAGGCAUAGCAAAAGGGUUGUUUUGGUACUUCCAAAAUGAAGCUUCGCAUGGCGGUGGCAUUGCUUUGUGCAACAUCUGCUGCUUUUUUUGCCAUUGCCGGUGCCGACUCUCCCUACAAAUUCUUCGACUGGAAUGUUACUUUCGGUGACAUUUAUCCCCUUGGAGUUCGUCAAACGGGUAUUCUCAUCAAUGGCCAGUUCCCAGGCCCUGAUGUUCACUCGGUUACCAAUGACAAUCUCAUUAUCAACGUUCACAACAGUUUAAACGAUCAUUUCCUCAUUUCCUGGAGUGGAAUCCAAAAUAGGAGGAAUUCAUAUGAAGAUGGUGUUUAUGGAACAACUUGUCCUAUUCCACCAGGAAAGAACUUCACAUACAUUCUUCAGGUCAAGGAUCAAAUAGGAAGCUUCUUUUAUUUCCCUUCUCUUGCAUUCCACAAGGCUGCUGGCGGUUUCGGAGGGAUCAGGAUCCUUAGCCGACCUCGGAUUCCGGUUCCCUACCCAGAACCCGACGGGGAUUACACUGUUCUUAUUGGAGAUUGGUUCAAGUCCAAUCACACGAAUUUGAAAGCUCGUCUCGAUCGUGGUAAGAAGUUGCCUUUCCCUGAUGGAAUCCUUAUAAACGGCCGAGGACCUGGUGUUAAUAAUGUUCUGCGCCAUUUUAUUCCAGGGAAAACCUACAGACUUCGGAUAUCGAAUGUUGGAUUGCAGAAUUCACUCAAUUUCCGCAUCCAAAACCACAGGUUGAAGUUGGUAGAAGUAGAGGGGACACACACUUUGCAAACUACCUACUCUUCAAUAGACCUUCACCUCGGCCAAUCAUGUUCGGUUUUAUUUACAGCUGAUCAACCUGCAAAAGACUAUUACAUUGCAUUCUCCACUCGCUUUACCAGCCGGGUCCUCACCUCAACAGCGAUUCUCCGAUAUAGCAACUCCGCCGGCCCUGUAUCUGGUCCUCCUGGUGGACCAACCAUCCAAAUCGACUGGUCUUUGAACCAGGCUCGCUCUAUCAGGAAAAACCUUACAGCAAGUGGACCAAGGCCUAACCCACAGGGCUCAUAUCACUAUGGUCUCAUUAACACAACAAGAACCAUCAUUCUUUCGAAUUCUGCCGGGCAAGUUAACGGCAAGCAAAGAUACGCUGUUAACAGUGUUUCAUUUGUUCCAGCUGACACACCGCUGAAACUUGCCGAUUAUUUCAAAAUCGGAGGAGUUUAUCGUGUUGGAAGCAUAUCGGAUAAGCCUCAUGGAGGAAAGAUAUACCUUGAUACUUCAGUAAUGCAGGCCGACUACAGGGCUUUCAUCGAGAUAGUGUUUCAGAAUAAUGAGAACAUUGUACAGAGUUGGCAUCUCGAUGGCUACAAUUUCUUUGUGGUUGGCAUGGAUGGAGGGCAAUGGACAGCAGCUAGUAGGAGGGGAUACAAUCUCCGCGACGCUGUUUCACGAUGUACGACUCAGGUGUAUCCCAAGUCAUGGACUGCCGUUUAUGUGGCACUUGACAACGUGGGAAUGUGGAACUUAAGGUCGGAGUUUUGGGCAAGACAGUAUCUGGGACAACAGUUUUAUUUACGUGUAUACACUACAUCGACUUCGUUAAGGGAUGGAUACCUGAUCCCGAAGAAUGCACUGCUCUGCGGUAGGGCUCGCGGCCGACGCACGCGGCCUUUCUAAGUGGAGCAUAGAAUAAAAUAUCCAGAUUUGGGUAGAGAAAGCUCCCCAGCUCUUGAAUUGCUGAGU